AUGCAUAUUCCCGACAGAGCAAUUCCUAUCGACUCGACGGUCGUGGUGGUUGGAGCCAAUGGAUACAUCGCCGUGGAAACCUGCGAGAAGCUCCUUCAAGCUGGCCACCGGGUCCGCGGUACCGUGCGCAAUGUUGACCGCCAUCGAAGCUGGAUGCAUGCGCUCUUCGAUGUGAAGUGGCCGGACAAGUUUGAGCUCGUUCAAGUGGCUGAUUUUGAAGAAGAGGGUGCCUUUGAGGAGGCCUUCAAGGGAGCUUCGGGUGUCAUCUACCCGUCCAUGCCCGUCAUCUUCGAUGCGGAUCCUACCAAGGUAGUGGAUCCUCUGAUCAGAGGGGUAGUCAACGCUCUCCAAGCCGCCGCUCGCGCCGGGGUCCAGCGCUUUGUUGUGAGCUCCAGCUCCAAAGCGGUCCGUUCGACCAUCUACAACGAGCCCUACGACAUCCGCGUCGACACCUUCAACCAUCAAGCUAUCCAGCAAGUCCGCGACGGACUGGUGGACGCCUCCUUUGAGCGAAAGCUCGCCGUCUACAGUGCAGGCCGGACCCUGGCCGAACAGGCAUUUUGGGGAUGGGUCAAGAGCAACAACCCGCCCUUCGUGGCCAAUUGCAUUGUCCCGGAUGGUCAGUUCGGGCGCGUGCUGGACGUGAACAACCUCAACACCGGGCCUACAUCCUCGACUGGGCAGUUGAUCCGUGCCCUCCGCGGCGAAUGGGAGGGAGUUGGUCUUGACCUUGCGUUCAUCACCGACGUCCAGGACACGGCGCGUCUUCUGGUCGCGACCGUUGCGUCCCGGUCGAUCGAGAACGAGCGUAUUUUCUCCUACUACGUCAAUCGCACCUGGAACGAUCUCCGACACAAAGUUCGCGAAUUGCUUCCCGAUCGUCCGGAGCUGGUAACGGGAGGGGAUCAAGGUCGGCUGGGGCGAGACGUGUCUGCUGCGCCUGGGCCCAUUGCCCGCGCUGAGGAGAUUCUGCGGACAAUUGGACAGGCGGGGUUCACCAACGAGGAUCAGAUCGUUCGAGACUUUGUAAACUCGGUCUUUCCUUAG